AUGUCAGACCCAAGUUCUAUCAACGGUGGUAUUGUCGUGGCAAUGGCGGGCAAAGAUUGUGUCGCCAUUGCAUCAGAUCUACGUCUAGGAAGUCAAUCUCUAGGUGUAUCAAAUAAGUUUGAGAAGAUUUUCCACUAUGGCCAUGUAUUUUUCGGCAUCACAGGUUUAGCAACUGAUGUAACAACACUAAGUGAAACGUUUCGGUACAAGACAAACCUAUAUAAGUUGAGAGAGGAAAGGCCCAUCGAACCAGAAACAUUUACACAGCUGGUUUCAUCCACACUUUAUGAGAGAAGGUUUGGUCCAUAUUUUGUGGGCCCCGUAGUGGCGGGUCUCAACUCGAAGACGGGAAAACCAUUUAUCGCUGGAUUCGACCUAAUUGGAUGCAUUGACGAAGCAAAGGAUUUUAUUGUGAGCGGUACUGCAUCUGAUCAAUUGUUUGGUAUGUGUGAAUCACUUUAUGAACCUAAUCUUGAAUCGGAAGAUUUAUUCGAAACUAUAAGUCAGGCUUUGCUGAAUGCUGCAGACCGUGAUGCACUAUCCGGUUGGGGCGCUGUUGUAUAUAUUAUCAAGAAAGAUAAGAUUAUCAAAAGAUAUUUGAAGACUAGACAAGAUUAA